GUUGGAAGAUUAUGAUGAUCUUAUGCCGAUCUGGACACGUCAGAGUGAGGCCCUGAAAGAAACCUACGGUGAAUAUUUCCUUGCUGAUCUCCUAGAAUGUCAGGAUGAAGAAAACCAGGCUGUUGUGUGUGAGGAUGGUGACACUGCAGUAGGAUUCAUGAGCUUAAGUUCUCAAGUAAACGUUUCCUUGCUUCAGGAGUGUUUUCACUUGGGGCUUUUCCAUGGACUCUGUAAAGCACAUCCUGAUGAUAUCCUCAGAAUGCCAGAGAAGCCAAGCUGGCAAGGAGGUGAAGAUAAAACCAACCAAAGAAGUCAAGAGGUGGAGUCGCUUUCACCCCAAAACUUUGAGCAUACUCAUGGUGAGGGGGCGGCUGUGCAGAAAGAUGGAGCCAUUGCCACUUUCCAUACUGCUCUGCUGAUAGAUGAUGUCAGUGAUGUCGAAGCCGCAGCAACACCCCUCCUUGAGACUGAAGAAGAAGGUGCUUUUCAUCCAGUGUACAGAGGGACUUCAAAUGCUUUCUGUGUCCGUCUGCUUUGUAUCGAUGAGAAGCAUGAAACUCGAUCGCUGGAUUUCUUGCCCUAUGUUUUCCAGCUGUUUCCAGACAAAGACUUCUGUGUCAUCCUCGUGCCACAUCAUGUACCAGAGUUCCACCUGAUCCAGAGUUUUGUGCGGGUUGUCCCUUUCUUUACGUCCAAGCUUGGCCGUGAGCUUUACGUGUUCCACCGUGCGGGAUUGCUCAUGUCAUUUAAUGUAAGAAAGGCAACAACUGAUGACCUACAUGAUGUCAGAAUGCUCAUUAAAACCCUUCAUUUGAGUGGAAGUAUAUUGAACGACUUGCAGACCUUUACCCUGGCUCGCAGGGACCCGGAUAUUGAGUAUAUUCGAUCCCAUUACAACAUCGAAGAUUUCAUCCAUUUCAAUCACCACCAGCAGGAGGAACAUGGGCAUCUUCACCACUUUGUCCUCAAUCCUAUAUUUCGUCACUACUCAAAACACUUCCUAAAGGAAAUUCUUCGCUUGGCCCACAAAUCUUCCCUUUACUAUCCUAUUUACCCACAGGGUGUGGGAGGCAAGAAUCCCUGCGCCCAUUCCCUGACAUCUGCCCUUCAUUACAUGGUUCCCGUGCGACCAAGACGACAGAUUUUCUAUCCUCUGGAAGAGCUUGGCAUGAACGCUCCGUCGGAGCAGGUCUCCAAGGAUCAG